AUGUUUAAUCUUUUAAAAAAUUUUCACGAUUUUAUAAAAGAGAUAGAAGAUUUAAAAUUACAAAAUGAAUCUGAAAACUUAACAAAACAUUUUAGUAGAUUAAAUGUAAAUAAUAUUGCAACAAAUAUAAAUGAAAAAAUAACUAUAGAAAAUAAUAUUAAUGAAAAAAUAACUAUAGAAAAUAAUAUUAAUGAAAAAAUAACUAAUGAAAAUAAUAUUAAUGAAAUAAAUGCUAAUAUUAUUAAUGAAAAUAAAAAUAAUAAUGAAACUGGUAAAAUAAUAAUACAAAAUAAGAAUGAAAAAUUCAUUUUUUUAUUUAGUUCUAUUGGUAAGGAAUUAUUUAUUAAUAGUAAUAUAAUACAAGAAAAAUCUAAGUUGGAAAAUGAGUUAGUAAUAAAAAAUGUGAAUAAUUGCCAUAUUAUUUUAAAUAAAAAUAAGUUGAUCUACUCAGUUGUAAUAAGAACUAAUGAAUUAAAAAAAAAUAAUAAAUUAUUUUAUGUAUAUUCUUUAUAUGAAUAUUGUAAAGAAAAUUAUCCCAAUUAUCUAAAAUUUUUUGUGAAAGUUAACUUUUUAAAAAAAAAGUUUAAAAUACUUAAAAUUUCAAUUUUAAAUUUAAAUAAUGAAGUCUGGAAUUUUUCAUUCACAAAAAAUAAUAUAAAAGAUAAGUUGGAAAAUUUAAAUAAUUCAAAAUGUUUGUGCUUUAUCUUAUUUUACAAUUUAUUGAUUAAAGAAUAUAGACUAUAUAUAAGUGAUAUAAUUAAAAAAUUUAAAAAAAAAAAAAAAAGUAUUUUCAUUAUAGUAAAAAAAGAAGAGGUCAAUAAUUCAAAUGAUUAUAAAAAAGAGGAGCAUAUUUAUGAAAAUAAAAAAACAUAUAACCUAAUUUGUAAUGAACACAUAUAUGAUACAUUAUUUUUUAAUAAAAUUUAUGUUAUUUUUAAUUUAUUACGAGAAGAAAAUAUUCCUUUUUUAAAAUUUUAUAAUUUAGAAAAUUAUACACGUAUUUUUAUAUAUAAUUGUGAAAACUUGAAUAAAAAUAAUUUUAUCAACUUUUUAAGGAGUUUUGAAAAUUUUCAUAUUUAUUUAAUAAAUCUAAAUACAUUAUUUGGUUUGUAUUUUAGUGAAACAGAAAAAAAUAUUUUAAAUGUUUUUAAAAAGUGUCAGAAAAUAUUAAGAAAUAGUAAAAAAAAUGUUUGUCUUGUUAUUGAUGGUAUAGAUAUAAUUGCAAAAAACAUAUCAAAAGAAAAGGAAGAAUGUUUAGAUGAAAAUAAUGAAAAAUAUGAUAAUAAUAAUAGUAGGAUAUUAACGACAUUAUUAUUAUGCUUAGAUAGUAUUGACAAUUGUACAUUAAAAAAGAAAAAAUUUUCUGAAAAAGAAUUAAAUCAAAGUAUAAAGAAUGUUCAAAAGGAUGAAAGGAAUAAAAAAAAAAAAAUAGUAAAAAAUAAUCUUUCUUUUUUAGAUGAUGAUGAUGAUGAUGAUAAUGAUAAUGAUAAUGAUAAUAAAAGUUCUAAUGAAUCAAAAAUACUGAUUACACAUUCUUUAAAUAAUACAAAAAAAAAAAAAUCAUCAGAACAAAUAACUUACAACAUUAAAAAAUUAGAAAAAAUUUACAAAGAAAGAUAUAUUCAAUCAUUAAAAAAAAAAACAAAAAAUAAUAUAAGUAUUAUAGUAUUAAGUGAUUUAAAUUUAAAAUGUUUUGAUAUUUCAUUGACAAGAGCUGGAAGAUUUUUUCAUUAUAUAAAAUAUUCAUAA